GAUUCUUGAACCACCAUGCAAUCUAAUAGUCUUCGUCGUUAAAGAUCAUUGUCGUAUUGAUGGGAUUUGUCUGUUUCAUCUUCAAAGCUAGCUUUGCUUGCUUUUCUCUUUCAUCAUAAUUUUGGUUAUGGCGGCCAUUUGCUUUGAUUAUUCUUAUUCACUGAUUGCAGUUUCUUGAUUUGGCGGUAGUCGUGUGCAUUCUGACUCUGUGAGACAAAAAAAUUCUGUUGGGUUGCUUUCGACUUGGUUGUGUACUGGAUGUGCACGUCGAAGACAAGAUGGAGUUGUUAACUGGUCCGGUUAUGAGAGCAGUAUGCAAAGUUCAAAUUGAUUAGGCAACCCUACAACUUGAUCAUUUGUAUUUUGGACUCUAUAAUCUGUAAACCAUCAUUUGAUUAUCUUACUACCAAUGGCAGAGCCGGAUUAAGAGCGCAAUCCGAAACAAAUCUUCUCUUAAAAUUCUUAUUCUCUAUGUAUAUAAAUAAGCUCCCACUUUUGAUUGUCAUACGAGCAGGAAAACAACAUCAGCUGUUGAAAAUGGCUACUCAAAUGGCCCCUCUUUGCAAACUUCUCUUGAUGAGUUUCAUCAGCUGUGUUGUGUUGGUGCCCUUUGGAGGAGCGUCCGGUGAAGAUCACAAGGUUUAUGUGGUGUACAUGGGGGGACUUCCCAAACAAGCAGGCUUCUUGGCAACGUCGGUCCACACCAGCAUGCUACAAGAAGUUGUUGGCAGUCGCGCAUCGGAGUCGUUAGUACACAGCUAUUCAAGGAGCUUCCACGGAUUCUCUGCCAUACUCACUGAAGACGAAGUGGCAAAAAUCGCAGGAAUGGAAGGAGUAGUGUCGGUGUUCCCAAGUGAGAGGCAUCAACUUCAAACGACGAGGUCGUGGGACUUCCUGGGCUUCUCUCAGAGCGUGCAAAGACUGCCGACUGAGAGUGACCUCAUUGUUGGAAUGCUUGAUACGGGCAUCUGGCCUGAGAGUGACAGCUUUAACGACGAAGGGUUUGGCCGUCCUCCAGCCAAAUGGAAGGGCACUUGCCAAACCUCCAACUUCACUUGCAAUAAUAAAAUCAUUGGAGCCAAAUACUACCGGCAAAACACCACAUAUUUACCGGGGGAUUUAGCUUCGCCUAGGGACACCGAGGGUCACGGAUCUCACACGUCGUCAAUAGCAGCCGGUGGCUUGGUGAGCGGAACAAGCCUAUUUGGCCUCGGCCCUGGGACAGCUCGAGGAGGAGUCCCAUCUGCCCGCAUCGCCGUGUACAAAGUGUGCUGGGCUGACCACUGCUACGAUGCGGACAUGCUCGCCGCGUUUGAUGACGCCAUAGCGGACGGAGUGGACAUCAUCUCCAUCUCCAUCGUCCCAUUUGAACCCCGCGAUUACUUUAUGGACUCAAUCGCGAUCGGAUCUUUCCACGCGAUGAAGCAUGGCAUACUCACGUCAGUGGCAGCUGGGAACUAUGGCCCUAAACCAGCGACGACCACAAACUUUUCCCCUUGGUUUCUCUCGGUCGCGGCUAGCACGAUAGAUCGGAAGUUUGUCAGCAAAGUUCUGUUAGGAAGUGGAAAGUCUUAUGAGGGCGUCUCAAUCAAUACUUUUGAACUCAACAACACGAUGUACCCGAUGAUAUAUGGAGGAGAUGCCCCAAAUAUUGCACAAGGAUUUAAUUCAGCCCAAUCAAGGCUCUGCGUUACGAAUUCUCUGGACAGCUCUUUGGUGAAAGGUAAGAUCGUCUUUUGUGAUUCCCUCAAUUCCGUCGAUGACGCGCUAUCAGCGGGCGCCACCGCACUAUCAGCAGGCGCUGCCGGCUCAAUAAUGGAAGGCUUGGUAGUCACGGACGAGGCAUUUGCCUUCCCAGUGGCUGCCUCCUUCUUGAACGUAGCCGAUGGAAGUGAAGUUUAUGACUACCUGAAAUCAACUAGAGAUUCUAUGGCAACCAUAUUUAAGAGCACAGAGACCAUGGAUUCGUUGGCUCCGGCGGUUGUUUCGUUCUCGUCAAGAGGCCCAAGCCCAAUUGCCAGGGACAUUCUCAAGCCCGAUCUCACUGCCCCAGGCGUGGACAUUCUAGCAGCGUGGUCGCCGGCUUCGACCGUGACCGAGUUAUCAGAUGACCCGAGGCACGUUUCAUACAAUAUAAUUUCUGGCACCUCCAUGGCUUGCCCUCAUGCCACCGGCGUGGCCGCAUACGUCAAAACGAUACAUCCGACGUGGUCUCCAGCAGCUAUUAAGUCUGCCCUGAUGACAACAGCUUCUCCAAUGAGUCCUCUCAAGAAUACCGAUGCCGAAUUCGCAUACGGAGCUGGUCACAUAAACCCUUUGAAAGCAGCGAACCCAGGUUUAGUGUACGAUGCCGAGGAGGCAGAUUAUGUGCAAUUCUUGUGCGGACAAGGUUACGACACCAGCAACCUGAGACUUAUCACUGGCGAUCAAAGCAGCUGCUCAGAUGUCAAAAAUACGACUGUGUGGGACUUGAAUUUACCGACUUUCACGAUAUCGGCUCAGACCAAAGGCUCCAAUAUCACAGGAGUCUUCCACAGGACUGUCACUAAUGUGGGCAAUGCGACUUCUACUUACAAGGCCACUGUGACAGCUCCUCAAGGACUCGCCGUUCGAGUCGAACCACAAACCCUCACGUUUGAGUCUGUCCUACAGAAGCAGAGUUUCGUGGUGACGGUCGAGGCGAUCUUGGACGCGGAUAUGAUUUCUGCGUCUCUGGUGUGGGAUGAUGGUCUUCAUCAAGUGAGGAGUCCAAUAGUUGCAUUUGUGCCUUCCCCCUAGACUUACCUCUGGAUUAAUUUAAUUUACAUGCAUAGCAUGUGUGAUAAUUUCUUACACGCCCUAAGUUCAUCGCCAUUGAUCUUUUAGGUGCAACUGAACUUCAAUGGAAGAAAGUGAUGGGCCAGAUAAUAAAAGGAACACUCGUCUUUUG